AUUUAUUUGGAUCAAUAAUGCAAACUUUUCCUCACAAUGGACUUGCUAUGCUAUAUAUGAAAUCAUACAAGUUUGAAAAGUGAUUAGCUUCAACAUGUUACUGAAAACAAUAUUAGCAUUGCUACUGCUGCAGCUAAUAAAACGUGGAAAUGGUUUGAAUAACAAUAACUCUUCCAUUCGAUGCCCCUUUCGUCUAUCUUGUUCUCCUAACAAGAAUCAAAUCCUUGAAUUUCCUUCACUACCAGAAAAAUUCACUGUCAGAUACAUAGAUUGCGAAUUGAAAGAGUUAUCUCUAUAUCACCCACAAAACUGUUUUUCUAGUCUCCUUUUAACUCACAAUUUGUCGUUAUUUUAUCCUUUCCGUCUUCAAUCAGAUUUUCGUUUUAGAAGCUACAAUGUUACUUUCUUUAAUUGCUCUUCAGUUCGACAACACCGUCUCAAAAGCUGGGACGAUACAAACCCUGGUGCCCAAGAUAUGUUGUCUUGUCCGAUUUAUGUUGCUGAUUCCACUGAAAGUGUUGUCGAUUUAGACUUAUUACGCUGCACAAGAAUACUUGAUAAAGUUUUUCCAAUAGAUGCAUUUAAUAUAAGGCUAAACUAUCUCAGAUUGACUUGGUCUGAAACAAAUUUUGACAGUCGAUGUUUAGAGUAUGAGCUACGCAACAAAUCGAAGAAUCACACACCUAUUAUUUUAGAAACAACAGGAGCAAUUGUUGGUUCAACUAUGCUGGUUUUUUUUAUUGGUGUUUUUUUCCGCGUAUACUUCUAUUUUAGGAUGAAAGGUGAAGAUCAAACUAGACUUGAAAACUUUUUGAAGGAUUAUGAAGCUUCAAAGCCAACAAGAUUCUCUUACGCCGAUAUCAAGAGAAUUACAGAUCAAUUCAAGGAAAAGCUCGGCGAAGGAGCUCAUGGAACUGUCUAUAAAGGUAAAUUAUCGAGCCAAAUUAUGGUUGCUGUGAAGAUGCUGAAUAAUACAGAAGGAGACGGGAGAGAGUUCAUUAAUGAAGUUGGAACUAUGGGAAAAAUUCACCAUGUUAACGUUGUUCGCUUGCUUGGCUUCUGUGCGGAUGGAUUUUAUCGCGCUUUGGUUUAUGACUUUUUCCCUAAUGGUUCACUACAGAAAUUCAUAUCUCCGCCCAACAAGGAUGAUUUCCUUGGUUGGGACUUAUUGCAACAAAUUGCUAUAGGCAUUGCCAAUGGGAUUGAGUAUCUUCAUCAGGGUUGUGAUCAUAGAAUUCUUCACUUUGAUAUCAAUCCUCAUAAUGUGUUGUUAGAUGAUAAUUUCAUUCCUAAAAUAUCAGACUUCGGUUUAGCUAAGUUGUGUUCCAAAAAUCAAAGUACAGUCUCGAUGACUGCAGCGAGAGGAACAUUAGGCUAUAUGGCGCCUGAAGUUUUUUCUAGAAAUUUUGGGAAUGUCUCUUAUAAAUCUGAUAUAUACAGCUACGGCAUGUUGCUGUUGGAGAUGGUUGGUGGAAGAAAGAAUACUAAUACAACCAUAGGUGAAGAAAAUUUCCAAGUUUUGUAUCCAGAUUGGAUUCACGGUUUGCUCGAAGGGAGAGACAUACAUAUUCCAAUUGACGAAGAAGGAGAUUUUAGAAUUGCAAAGAAGCUAGCAAUUGUAGGACUUUGGUGCAUUCAGUGGCAUUCUGCGGAUCGUCCCUCUAUGAAAACUGUCUUGCAGAUGCUUCAAGGAGAGGGAGACAAGUUAAGAGUUCCUACCAAUCCUUUCAAUGCUCCAUCUUCGGCUAAUAGAACUGCAAAUACUACUGCAGGAUAUUUAAAUUUAGAACUUGAUGUGAUUCAAGAAUUAGACUAG